GAUCGUUUUCUUAAGCUACUUUGUUUAGCUGUCUAUAUUACAGGCGGGCAGCUAGCUCGUGGGCUAGAGCUGCUCUCCGUACGCUGGCGCAACGGCGUGCUAUAAGACCGCAAUCUCUACGUUAUGGACGGCCAAGUCGUAGUAAUUACUCGCUAUCACAAGACGCAAUCGCAGUGGGAUAAGCCUAAGGUAGUCGCGCGGUUUCUGCCUAAGGCAGUGGGCCAGCUAGUCACGGCGUAUCUGCUCUAUCUACGGCCCGUACGCGCGAUGCUCCUUAGUAGCUAGGGUAAAGCAGCUACUGCGUCAGUAAGUGACUAUCUGUGGGCGAACGACAGCGGGCCGUAGGAUACAGAUCGGCUUAUACGUACGAUGACGGUAGAGACAGCAGAGCGGCUAGGAUCGCGGCUAAUAAUAGCUGAGUAUCAGUAAGUAGCUGUUAGGAUUAGGCGAGAGGUAGUAGGGGAGCGCUUUGCUGCAGGCUAUAAUAAGCAGCUAGACGGGCGAUCUAGAGCUGCUGGUGCUAGUGGUAAUGGAGACGUUAGCUCGGACGAAGAUGAAGAUGGAGAAGAUCUACUAGAGCUGCAGAACGGGCGAUCUAUAGCGAUAGGUAUAGUAGCGUACGCAGUGUAAGCAGAUAUCGUUUAAGGGCU